CUCGGCGUCGAUCAGUUGGCUGCGACACCCAGUGAGGCAUGCCUCGCGUGCAAUACCCCCAUGACCUCGAGUUCGUCCCGUUCCGGCACCAGUUCAGCCUGCCGGAGUUUUUCCACCUGCAGCAGCAUCUGUUCAGGUAUGCCGAGCCUCUGGAGCUCGCCACAGCCUAUCCGUUGGACCUCAGCUUGAAGCACCACCACCAGGAGGCUCCCAUCACUCCUCCGUGCACACCGUCGCCUGGGAGCAAGAAGAGCUAUCGCUCGCCCACUCCCGAGCAGCCGGCUAAGAAAAUCAAAACAGCUGCGGCGAUAACGCCUCAGAAGAAGACCAAAGCUACCAGGAAGCUCAAUUUCGAUGAGGACAACAGCUCUCCGGUGUCGGGAACGAUAAUCCGGGAGCUGGGGCCAGAUGAGCACUUGGUGGUGCGCAAGGGGGACAUUGAUCCUGCGUUUAACGUGGUGGAGGUUACUGAGGAGGCUAAGGCGGAGAUUGCCAAGAUCGAGAACGUGAUUGGGGAGUAUGUUUGUAGGCUUUGCAAGGAGCUGUAUGAGGAUGCGUUUGGGUUGGCGCAGCACAGGUGUUCCAGGAUCGUACACGUGGAGUACAGAUGUCCGGAGUGCGAUAAGGUUUUUAAUUGUCCUGCUAAUCUGGCGUCGCAUAGAAGGUGGCACAAGCCGAGACCGCCCAAGGAUUGCAAGGUGGAGGAUGGUGUGGAGCAGGGAGAUGCAUCAGCAGACAGUGGCGGCGAGCAGUUCCCCUGCCCCGAAUGCGGCAAACGCUUCCGCAGACUCGCGUACCUACGCAAGCACCAAGCCGUCCAUCAGCUCGAAUGACAAAGGCUCGUGCCCGUCCGGCCGGUCGCCCGGAUGCCGCCCCGCCUCUGGAGGCCGCCCCCCUUGCCGCCGCCUGUGCCGGCCCAGCUGUCACCCGCGCAGGAGGCGGCCUUCGCUGGGGCGGCGCAUCGGUACUUGUUGCCCGCCGCCACGUGGUUGAAUCCUUUUUGAAGCCGGAAGGCGAAGGCGGUCUUGUACAUUAUGUAAGUAGUUCUGUGAAGAUAAUAUUCAGGGGGAGUCGAAAAUGUGUACCGAGCUCUCUGGAGGUGAUAGUACAUUGAAAUAACUAUUGUUUGAUCAGAAUGUACAUUGGAGGGAUAUUAUAUUAUAUCCCACUCCAAUGUUAAUUGAAUUAAUAUAUGUUUUCUACUCACUGCAUCAAAAGUAAGCCUUUGCUCCCUCAUUCAAGAACACAAACUUCCUCAUAUUCCAAACUCACUCAAUCGAAACUUUGAAAUGCAAUUACACAAUAAACAAAUUCAAUGUGACAGGAGUGUCAAAUUUAUUUUUGUUCAGAUUCAAAUACUGCCAAUAUUGUCCAUGGCAUAAAACACUUUUGUAACAAAUUGUUUUGGAUCGAGACUCGAAAGAUAUACCUCUUGAAGUACAAUCUUGAGAACGAC